AAAUAACAAUAAUAAAGAAAGAAAACAAGUAACGAUAGUCUAUAGGUCAGUUAAAGAAACAUCAAACUAGUUGAUUCUUGAUUUUGAAGUGUUCUACAGGUCAGUUAAAGAAACUUCAAACUUGUUGGUUCUUGAUUUUGAAAUGUUCUACAGGUCAGUUAAUAAAGAAACAUCAAACUUGUUGAUUCUUGAUUUUGAAGUGUUCUACAGGUCAGUUAAGCAAGCAUCGAACUUGUUGAUUCUUGAUUAUGAAGUGUGUUGCCUUGGCAAUCUUGUUGUUUCUGAUAUCCAUACCGAUCUUCCUCAAACCAGUCAAUGGUGCUGAUGAUACCAUAUCACUUGCCCAACCCCUUACUGAUCGUAUGACUUUAGUCUCCUCCGGCCAAAUCUUUGAACUGGGAUUCUUCUCCCCCGGAAGCUCCAAGAACAGAUACCUAGGAAUAUGGUACAAGACUACUCCUCACGUAGUUGUCUGGGUUGCAAAUAGAAACAAUCCACUCACUGAUUUUCCUGGAGAGUUGGCCAUCAGUAGCAACUCAAGCCAACUUCUAAUCCGAAACCAGUCGAAAGCCAUUCUUUGGUCAUCAAUGUCAUCAGGAAGAGUAGCCAAAAAUCCAGUGGCUCAGCUUUUGGACACAGGAAAUCUUGUCCUAAGAGAGAAUGAUAGUGUGAACUCUGAGCUCUAUUUAUGGCAGAGCUUUGAUUACCCUUCAGACACACUGUUAUCAGGCAUGAAGCUUGGCUGGGACUUAACCACUGGACUGGAACGAUAUUUAACAUCAUGGAAAAGCAUUGAUGACCCUUCCACAGGUGACUUUACGUACAAAAUGAACAUCACUGGUCUACCUCAGACAAUUCUUGCCAUGGGAUCGACGAGGCAGUUCCGGUCAGGGCCAUGGAAUGGAGUUCGAUUCAGUGGGCUCAGUAUAGCAGGAGACAGAGUUUUCAAAUCCAGCUCGGUGUUUACUAAGAAUGAGUCGUAUUAUAUGUUUACAACGAUUGUCAAGUCACUACAUACACGAGUAACAAUGAACACUUCAGGCUCACCUCAACGUCUGAUCUUGCAAAAUGGAAGUACUGAAUGGAAUAUCAUGUACUCAGUUCCAUACCAACGGUGUGAUAGCUAUGGAUUCUGUGGGGCAAAUGGUGUUUGUGGGGUUAACAAUGAUCCAUUAUGCAAGUGUUUGGAGGGCUUUAUUCCAACUUCUCCAGAAGAGUGGCAAGUGUUGGAUUGGUCCAAUGGAUGCAAGAGGAAGAACCCUUUAAAAUGCCAAAGAGGAGAGGGUUUUGCGAAGCUUGAUGGGGUGAAAUUGCCUGAUCUGUUGGAGUUCUGGUUGAACAAAAGUAUGGACAUCAAGGAAUGCAAAGAACAGUGCUUGAACAACUGUUCUUGUACGGCUUAUGCAGAUUCAGAUAUCAGAGGAGGAGGCAGUGGCUGCUUGAUGUGGUUUGGCGAUUUGAUCGAUAUUCGAGAGCUAAGAGUAAAAGGCAGUGAUCAGAAAAUGUACUUACGUUUAUCUGCUGCUGAUAUGAAAUUGAUCUAUAACAAAAAGAAGAAGAAGAAAAUGCUGAAGAUGGUGAUAGUGAUAUCAACUACAUCAGGCAUGUGUUUAUUAUUGGGUGUCAUAUUCUGGUGCACAAUCUGCAAAUCAAGAAAAAGGGUCAGAGGUAGUAGUAGUCAAAGCAAGAAUGAUUAUAUAGAACUACCUAUGUUUGAUAUGGCUACAAUUGCUGCUGCAACAAACAAUUUCUCUGACACAAGCAGAAUAGGAGAAGGUGGCUUUGGGCCUGUUUACAAGGGAAAUCUUUCAACAGGACAAGAAAUAGCAGUAAAGAGGCUAUCAAAGGACUCAGGUCAAGGACUAGAAGAGUUCAAGAAUGAAGUAGUUUUAAUAUCAAAACUUCAACAUAGAAAUCUUGUUGGGCUUUUAGGCUGCUGUAUUGAGGGUGAAGAAAGGAUGUUAAUCUAUGAAUACAUGUACAAUAAAAGCUUGAAUCAUUUCAUCUUCGGUGAGAACAAAAAUGGCUCACUAGAUUGGAAGAAGCGUUUCGAUAUCAUUAUGGGGAUAGCUAGAGGACUUCUCUACUUGCACCAAGACUCAAAGCUUCAAAUCAUUCACAGGGAUCUAAAGGCAAGUAAUAUUCUGCUGGACAUGAACAUGAAUCCUAAAAUUUCAGAUUUCGGCUUAGCAAGAAUAUUUGGAGGGGGUGAAAUCGAAACUAAAACAAGGAGAAUUGUUGGAACUUAUGGCUAUAUAUCCCCUGAGUAUGCAGUAGAUGGAAAUUUUUCCAUAAAAUCAGAUGUGUUCAGCUUUGGAGUAGUGUUGUUAGAGAUAAUAAGUGGUAAAAGAAACAGAGGUUUCUCUCACUCGGAUCACCACCACAACCUCUUAGGACAUGCAUGGCUGCUAUGGAAUAAGGAGUUAGCCUUGGAAAUAAAGGACUCAUCCAUGGAGGAAUCUAUGAGCAUUGAAUCUCAAGUGCUGAGAUGCAUUCAAGUAGGUUUGUUAUGUGUUCAGAAAUUCCCUGCUGAUAGGCCAACAAUGGCUUCUGUGGUUGUCAUGCUGUCAAAUGAGAGAGCAGAGUUGCCUUGGCCGAAAGAGCCUGCCUUCUUUUUGGAAAGAAGUUCCAUUGUUGAAGAUACAAAAUCAAGAGAGGAAGAGUUGUAUAGCCCAAAUGAAACGAGCACAACUUUGUUGGAGGGUCGAUGAAAAUGUAAUAUUGAUAACUUAGAUCGAUGGGGCUUUUCAUUAUGACAAAAGGUAAAAUAACUUAUGUGAUUCACAUUUUUUUAAAUCUAUUUUUAAUUAGCAUAUCCGUAACGACGUGUGCCAAGGAAACUCUCGAUUGCACUCUCUUUUAUACACUCUUUCAUUCGUGACAUGUGGAUAUUAUUCAAUUUUUUAUAUUUUAAUAUUUUUUUAAAAUCA